AUGACUUAUCUUCGGUUUAUUUGUUAUUUUUUAGAUGUCUUCAACAAUUCAUUGGAAGACUGUGGUAAAGAAAAUCCUGAUAUGAAUGAAGAGAUGGAGGAGGAUAUUAUUAGUCUAUUGUCAGAGGAAAUUAAACUGCAAAAAGAUGUCACUGAUGACAAUCUGGAGCAUACGAGUGCUCUAAUUAUGAGUGCCAAAAGAGCAUCUUCGCAUUACCAAAAUGAAAUGGAAAAGUGUAACAUGGGGAUGGAACCAUGUGAAGGUGCUAUGGAAAGGGGUGAAGCUGCAUUGAUAGAAGAGCGUAAGCUCUCUGCAUUGUGGGAGACACGAGCGGUUGAGUUAGGAUUGAAAGAGAAGUGA